AUGAGCCGGAAUUCAACGGUUUCAAUGUCUAAAUUCAAUCAAUCCACAACAGUGCGUGACCAUCUUCCGUUGCAUUCGUUAGUUUUAGUUUCCUCAAUAUAUUCACUAGAUAGUAUAACCGAUUCUGAUGAUCUAGAUGAAAUAAUAAAUGAAGAACCAGAAAAUAUGGUAACAUUUUAUCGACAAGAUCGUUCUACACUAUUUCCACGAGUUGGUAGAUCAGAUACAAGGAGAAUGAAUAGAUUGAAACGAAUUCUAAUGAACAAUCCAGGUUCCACUAUCGGUUCACCGAAACGAGCUGUUCGUAUUGUGCGCUAUGGAAAAUAA